GUUACUUUUAAUUCAUAAUUACUAUCUUUAACUAAAAAACUAUACAUUUUCAAAAUGAAAAUAGUUUUUUUAUUUAUAUUUCUCAUCAGCUCUUUUUUUCAAGUGUCUUUUGCUGAAGAAAAUAACAGAAAUGAUAUUCUAUCAAGAUUAGAAAUUUUAAAAUGCGAGACAACAAAUGCAAUAAGAGAAUUAAAAUAUUUUGAAAUUAGUGAAUUUCAAAAAAUAGAUCAAUUCUUGGGAGAAUAUGGAUUGAAUUUGACGAGAAAUUUUCGUGAUAUGAAAGAAAUUAUUUAUUCCGAAUUGGAAACAGAAUAUAAAAAAUUGAACACAAAGAAUGAAAAUUCAGAGAGUUGUUAUAAAAUUGUUCAACAAGAUGUGGACGAAAUUCACAAAAAUAUAACCGAUCGAUUGGAAGUUUACGAAUUUAAAUCAUUUUUUCUUUAUUUCGAACCAGUCAUGACUCAAGUAAAUUUCACUAUACAGAUGUGUAAUAGUCUAGUAAAGAGGAUUGAUUCAAUGAAUGAAGAACGUAUUUUAGGUAUUGAAAAUUCAUCACUAGAAAUGAUGUAUUUAACAAGCACUUUAUCUGGAAUUGAAAUUUUAUCAAAUGGUAUAAAAAAUCUUAUUAAAGAUAUAAAAAAUAUGGUUAUUGAUUUGAAAGAAAAAGCAAUUUUUAAUGUAAAAAAUUGUGGUCACUCUUUAAAUGAUUUAUUUCAUAAAGAAUUGAAGAGAAUUAAAGAAGAUUUUAAUCAUUGUAUUACAAAAAAUAUGGCUUUUAAUAUUUAACUUUAUAUAAAA